UCGAAACAAUAAAGGCAGAUAAAAAUCAUUUUAUGAAGUUUCGUUUGUUAUACUAUUAUUUCAAUAGACAAUACAAUUGAACCGAAAUUAAUUAUUUCCUAAGCAGCCUGUGUAACUUGCUUUCAGUAGUUAUUAUAAAGCUUAAUAUCUGACAGGAGCUGAUAAAAAUAUAUAGCGUAUACAGUCUUGCAUCAUUUUUUGCUCAUUGGCAUUUUUCUUGAUUUCAAGCAACAUCCUUAUCCUGAGAAUUAUUUAGCUGUGGUUAUGAAGUCUUUUAUGCUAAUUAGUAUCGUCGCAGGUUGUGUUUUAUCCAAACCAGAUGGUUCGUUGACUACUAUUGUGAGCAAUUGUAUUAACUACAAGAGCGUUCUACCUCAUGGUGAAUGUCGACAAAUAUUACAGUUCAACAAAAUUCAUCAAACUGUUGCCGAAGCAAGAAAAAUAAAUAGCGCAGCUCAAAAUUUUGAUGUUAUGAUGCGGAGUGUGAUUACGAUGGGACUGAGAACGUCAUGGCCCAUACUGAUGAAAUUGAUGAACGCAAAACUGUACCAGUGCACAAAAAUACCGAGUCUACGCAAGAAAGUGGAUAAAAUCGAGAGAGAAUUUCGACAGAAAUAUUUAAAUAAAAUAUCGCGUAACAUAGCAGGAUGCUUGAAGUCCUUUAAAUGGAUUUUCUGUCAGAUAUCUCACCCCGUUUGCGUGACGUCAAAUGGAAAGCAGUACUUGUCGCCUCCAUGUAGGUCCAUUUGCACUAACGACAAAUGCGCUCGGUUACUGAAAGUUUUGUACAAGCCGUGGAAAGAACUUUAUGACGCCUGUCCUAAUGUAGUAACCGACGUAUCAAAGUAUCACAAAUAUUUGACGUGUAAAUCAUUUCCUGUAGAGGACAAAAAUCAUCCAGAAAGAUGUCAAAAGAAAACCUUUUGGCAUAGAGAUAAUUCAUUAAGUCAAAGUGAACCCGUUUUCGACGAACUUAGGAGUGAGUUACAAACCAAGUCAAUAUUUGACACCAAUGGUAAACACGCCUUUGUAGCUCCAGACGCAAGUAGAUUUUCCGAAACGUCAGAGGAAACUGCACUAAAAGCCUUCAUGAACAGCAAUGUCAACGAUUUGACCACAAACCGUAUCCCCCUUGAUACUCAACAUGGCCAAAUAAAUGACAUAGAGGAUAAAGAAACUGCCGUGAUUAAAAACGAGGAAAUAUCAAAUGAAGCAAGUAUGAUGUCUAUGGAGAAGAAAAAACCAGCAUUCUCGGAACAAAUGUUCCAUUCCCAGAAUAAUCCCCUACUUGGUGAUGAGAAAGAGAAGGAGUUGCAGCCAGGUUGUAGACCAUAUAGCGAAAUACUUCCAAAUGGAGAAUGCAUGGGCGUUCUAAAACAUCAUAAAAUUUAUCAAAGUAACAAAAAGGCUAGGGAAGUCAACCUGAAACUGACGUACUUCCAAAUCGCGAUGGAUAUUUUAAAAAACGUUAAGAAGGAAGAAGAUCUGGGCGAACUAUUUGCGCUGGCAAAGAUAUCGCUGAAAAAAUGCAAACAUUGGGGGACGAAACUGAACCAGAAACUAUCUGAGUGGAUUAAACAGGCGAAAAAAGAGUUUAUGUCAGAUUUAGAAUACAUUGAUAGAUGCACUGACUAUUGGACUUGGUUUUCUUGUCAUAUGAAACACCCAGUGUGUUUAACAUCUUCUCAGAAAGAGAUGAUUUUUUCAGCGCCUUGCAAAUCUUCUUGUUUGAACGAUGGCGGUAACGGUACUUGUAGAAGAAUAUUACAGAGUAUUUUUAAUGCAUGGAAAGAUUUAUCUAAAUUUUGUCCAGACAAAAUGAAUAAUGUAUCAAAGUACAUUUCAUAUUUGACAUGCGACGCUUUUCCGUCAGCAGAGUUGACGCAUUUAGAAAGAUGCCAGAUGAGAGCUAAAUGGGAAAAACCAAGUGCCAAUUGGACAAAGACUUGCUACCAAAAAAAAGGUAUGAACUAUGGUGGCUCCACAAGCGUCACUGUCAGUGGCAAGACAUGCAAACAGUGGAACAUCAACCCUUACUUAAAAUCAUCCUUGUAUCCAAGUCUGGAGAAGAAUUACUGCAGGAAUCCUCAAGGAUAUUCAGAUAGACCAUGGUGUUAUGUGGACGAGAAUAAUUGGGAGUUUUGCCCAAUACAGAAAUGUAAAACUCAAACAGAAAAACAUGGGAUAUCAAAGGUUGUCAUUGCUUUAAUUUCUGUGGCUCUGGUGUUCAUCAUAAUAGCUGUGGCAAUGUCCUGCUAUAUAUUUUGUUUAAAGAAAAAAUUGCCAACGAGAGAACAAGUGUCAACGGAAGAUGAUUUAUACUACGUUUGCGACAUACCGAAACCAAGAGAAGGCUUUCAAGUUUUAAAUGUUCCUCUGUUACAAGAAAGCCAACAAUCAGAGAAAAAAUAGAGAAUACAGUUCGGGAACGCUUUAACAACUUAACAUUUCUUAUCCGCAUAUCAUAAAAACACUUACGUUGAAAUAAACGCCUCGUAGAUACGCCCAGGUGAAGUUGUAGAAAACUUACUCAACGCCCUUAACUUACUCAAGUCAUAAAAAAUGAGGAGAAAUGGCGAUAAAUUUCUUUUACUGGUCUUUGAUUAAUUAAAAUAUUUAUGUGAAGUCAUUUUAAAAAUUCUUUAACAAAACCUCAACAAACGUGAAGAAAACAUCCAGUGCUUAUUGAAGUUUGACGGUUUGACACGUUUAACUUUCUCGGGCAAUUUACCUUUAUGAUAAACUUAAUAGCAGGGAAAAGGGUUAUGCGCACCCCAUGUCUCAUGCUCCAGGAAAAAGACCUGGAAAAGAGAUCGGUGCUAGUAAUCUAUUUUAAUAUGGUUUCACUGUAGCGUCGGCAACCUUUGUAAAUUUUUAUGGUAAUACUUUUUGUCGGGAAAAAGUUUCAGAAAUUUUUGCGAAUCCCGCCGUUGCAAAAUUUUAUAGGAUUCGUCAGUAUUUUUUCACGAUAUGCCUUUUAUAACUGAGGAAUUAAUUUUUUUUUUUAUUGUGAAUUACCAAAAACUUUACACGUAGCUUCGAGAAGUUCGCAAAAAUUUCAUUAUGUUAAAAUAUAUUUUGUACAUAUUUAUUAUUUACGCCUCUCUGACACAACGGGCGACACCUAGUAACGCCUACGCAUCACAAAGUGACGCCGUCACGUCAAAUAGUAACGCCGACCAUCACAUAGUACCGCCGACAAGUUUACAUACUAACAGCGACAGGUUUACAUACUGACGUGGAAGAGCUUGAGUGUUCCAUUAUUAAUUUGUCGUCGUCCCAUUACAUCUCAAAAUGUCAAUAGCGUUAUUAAAUUAAGGUUUACGUGAAAAUUUUUUCAAAUAUUGCAAGAAUUUUGCCAUGGUUAUAUUUUCAAACUCACAGAAACUAACAAUUAAAAAAUGAAACAGAAGUUUAAUUCAACAAAUUUAACUUCAACAAUUUUUAGGGAUUUGAUUUUUGUAAAAUUAAAUCUUAGUGGAAUAUAACUUUCUUAAUUCCUACAAAAUAUACCCCACCCAACGUGCUGUUGUGUUUUAUGAUCAAUAUUGUAAAAGUUACAAAAUAUACCCACCCAACGUGCUGUUGUGUUUUAUGAUCAAUAUUGUAAAAGAACUCUAUAUAAAUAAAUAAGUAAAAAGAAGAAGAAAACGAAUUUAUCGAUAACGUGUAAUUGUCGUAAAUUUACCGAUUUUCAGAGUCGAUAAAUAUAUUGUACUAUUUAGAUA